GCGCUAUAAAACAAUAUGGCUGCGCCCAUGUGAAAUUUAUAGACAAAAAUGAUUCUUCUUUUUUGACGUGAUUACGGAUAUAUUUUAGUUCUUCUUCGUUAAAAGAUCAAUAUUGGUUGAAUAACCAUUCACCAUUAUUUUCUUCCUAUUAUCAAAUCAAUUUGGGUAUAAUGGAUGACAAAGUGGACAGACUUAGAUCAGUUCAAAUAAAAUUAAUGGAGAUUUUGGACUUUUUAUCUAAUUAUCUUCCACUUGUGAAUUGUCAUUCAAAUGAUUUUAUUCUCAAUAAUCACUGGGAUAAAUUUCUUACGGAACCCAUCAGAAAGGAACUUGAUUCAUUAAGUGCAUGCGACCUAGUGUCACUCUUAAAUCAAACCAAGACUAUUGAGGAUAAGAGACCAGACAAGAAAUUAACAAAAGAGUUUGAUCCGAGCCUGUGGAAAUUUGAAUGUGACUAUCUCGAGAAAGCUUCAAACAGUACUGACAGAAGGGGUGAUAUUUAUUCAUCUGAGAUGCAGACAAUUCCUCCUAAUUGGGUUCAUGAAAACCUACAAUCCUUGUUACAAGAUGCACAGAGGUGCUCUCUUCAAAAUUCAGACAUUCUUUCAAGUUUAGAGGAUUUGGAUAGUGACAUGAAAACUCUUCCCCAAGAUCGCGUCUUUAUCUCCACAUUUAUGAAUCAUAAGAAAACUCAUGAAGUAGAGGUGAUGGGAGAACUGUGUUACAAAUUUCGGAAACAUGACAUUGAUGUGGUGGUAGAUCUAGGGAGUGGAAAGGGUUACCUCAGUACACACCUGGCUUUCCAGCACAAACUCUCUGUGAUUGGGGUAGACGCUCAGACCAUCAACACAAAGGGGGCCUCAAAGAGAGCAGAUAUCUUGUCUCGACAAUGGGAGGGACUUACUCGAAAUGAAAUUUUACGAGCUCAAAAAGCAAUUCCGGGAAAGUUAGGUAAAAAAAAGAAAAAGGAAUUGAAGAAAAUAGAGUGUGCUGGAGGUUUUAGACAGAAAGAGGACAAUGAAAAAUCAAGUGAUGUAAUCUCAGAUAUACCUGAUGACAUUUUCAAUGACUUUUCAAAUUUCUUUGAAGAGCAGAAGAAAUCAGAAAAUGGCAAUACAAAUUCUGAAAAAGAUGAAAGAUUAGAUUUAAAUCCACCUUCUCAAAUUCAAGAAACUUCAUGUAUUAAAACAAAGAAAAUAUUGAGUGGUCAAGUGGAGGCAAAUGAUUCAGCUGUUGUUAAAGUCAAGGAAGAAUCAAAAUUUGCUGGCAGUGACAGUGCAUCAAUGGAAAGUCCUGUAAAAAAGAACACAAAAUCUUCAGCCCUCAAGGCUAACCAUUUCCCUAUCACAACAUAUAUCAACAUCGACUCUGAUCUCAGUGAAAUAGUGAGAGAUGCCCUGACAUUGAAGUCCACACAACCAGAACCUGGAUCAACACCUGAAGAAAAUACAGGGGAAAUGUCUACAGAACACACAGUUACAGCAGGUCUACCUGUUGAUUCAUGUUCUACAGAGAGCUCGGCAAUAAAGGAGAAGUCCAGACUAAUGCUGACAGGACUUCAUACUUGUGGUGCUUUGGGAUCAAACAUCUUGAGAUUAUUUGUAAACUCUGAAAAUGUCAAAGUUUUAUGUAAUGUAGCAUGCUGUUACCACCUCAUGAGCGAGAAGUUUGUCACCAGCCCAUUUGAAGAAAAAGAAGAUGCUGUUGAAGAGGCAGGUUUUCCUCUGAGUGAAUUCUUAAAGAGGAAUAAAGUAGGAAUAGGGAGACAGGCCAGAAACCUUGCUUCCCAAUCUGUCAACAGGCGUGCACAAGACACUGAGGUGCUUGCUAAACAGUUCCCUAGGAUGUUACUCCAGGUGAUACUGCGGGAUCAGUUGGGUUAUGUGAGGAGUGACUGGAAAGGACUGCGUAAACUGGAUCAAAAGUCUCAGGGAAUGUUCGACUAUGUGAUAAGGGCUUUCAGAAAAUUGGAAUUGCCAACUGAUGGAAUCACUGAGGAGCUAGUUGAUUCCUACUGUCAGAAGUAUGAGGACCAGAAGAAGAAAUUUGCUGCAUUCUUUCAGUUGAAAACUGUCCUGGCCCCAUGCAUUGAAGCUGUAGUUGUUCUGGACCGGCUUUGUUUCCUAUUGGAGCAGGAAUGUGUACAAGAUGUCAAACUGAUACAGCUCUUUGAUCCUGUGACUUCCCCAAGGUGCUAUGGAAUUGUUUCUGUGAAAAAAUAGAAAAAUAGAAAUCAUUGUGGACUUCAGUGAAUUUAAAAAUCUGAAUUCUUCAGUCUCUAGUCACAGAUACAUGUACUUGUUGAAAAAAUGCUUGUGAUAAUAAAAUAUGCUGUAUUCUGCAAAUUUGUCUUACUCGUUUUUUUCUCUUAAGUUAUUGAUGACAGAUAUAACAUUUUCUGAAAGCAACUAGAUGCACUAUAUGAUGUCAUAUAUCAAGUUAUUUAAUGACAUGUAUUACAACAAAAUAUGAAAAACCCAUUUCAUUGUAAAAUAACUUCUAACAAACAGGUGAUGGGUAAACAAACCAGUUCAUAUUAUGGUCGAUGAAUAAAAAUGUCCUGGCACAUGACUAUAUGUGCACUAGAUCUUUGCACUGCUUAAGAUGGAACCUGUAUAUAAAACUCUGUAACUGUAUAUGUACAUCAACUCUGGUUUGCCAAUAAUCAAGAAUACACGUUAACAUUCCCAUACUUGUCUGAAUAUAAAGAAGAUAUCAACCUGGUUAUGGACUUUUGAUAUUACUGUGAAGACAUCCCAUAGAACUUUAUGCCAUAA